GGGAAUGGCAGAAUCCAUUUUCUGGAGAAUUGGCUACUGCAAAUCAAUCAAAUAAGUAUAAAGGGUAAAACAACGAGAGAGAGAAGAAAAAGGGAACGAAGGAAGAUGAGUUUGAGGUGGUUAGAAGCUGUUCUUCCACUAGGAAUCAUAGCUGGUUUUCUUUGCGUUAUGGGUAAUGCUCAGUAUUUCAUCCACAAAGCUGCUCAUGGCAGGCCGAAGCACAUUGGGAAUGACAUGUGGGAUGUAGCAAUGGAAAGGAGGGACAAGAAAAUGAUGGAGAUGCUUGCUUCUCCUUCUUCUUCUUCGUCUUAGGCGUUGUAUGGAAGGAAACCUGCGUUUGGGAAUAAAAUGGUCUUUUGAGGCUCGAGAUCAUGUGCAAAGUACUUUAGAGUAUCGUCGUUCUUCCUUCUCCUGUUGCUGGUUUUCCAUAGCCUAUGAGCUUUAUAACAAUGAGACAUUUGUGAAAUGCUUCUUUGUUGAAUCUGGUGCAGUUAUUGGUUUCUGUUUUAACUUUUGUGGAAUUUUCAAUUCAUUGACUCUCUACUUGAAAAGAGACUGGAAUUUCUCUCUA